AGUUUUAGAAAGCACAGACGAUCCUUCACUUAAAAAGUUUCUAGAUUUUCGAUUCCAAAACGGUGUUCUAGAAGAUAAAAAACGGAGUACUCUCAGUACAAAAGUGAAUUGGAAACGAUCAAAGGGUACUAUUCUGAAACGUCCGAAAACAGGAAAAAACACUCCGUCAUCAACUACCCUGCCAAUUGCGGUUGGCAGUGGGAAAAGACUGCGGUCAGUUGGUGAGCAUGCACUUGAUAAAAAAUCGCAAUCAUUAAUUUCUUUUUGGGAUUUACAAACGAAGAGACAAACCAUUCAUAUGAAUAGCAAGGUACUUGAGGAGGAAGCUCAGUUGCAACAAAACGAAUUAAAAAACCAGAUUCAUAUUGAACAGCAGAUUGAAAAAGAUCUGUUGAAUGAGUUGUAUGCAAAGAACGAGAAUUUGGAGGAAGAGGCACCUUCUACACUACCGGACAAGGUCAGAAUAUAA